AACUCCUGGGCUCAAAUGAUCCUCCUGCCUCAGCCUCCCAAAGUGCUGGGAUUAUAGGAGAGUCUGUAGACGAGGCAGCACCCGGCUUCCAAAUGAACAACCGGAAGGAAGAUAUGGAAAUCGCGUCCCACUACCGGCACCUGCUGCGUGAGCUGAAUGAGCAGAGGCAGCACGGCGUGCUGUGUGACGUGUGUGUGGUGGUAGAGGGCAAGGUCUUCAAGGCGCACAAGAACGUGCUGCUGGGGAGCAGCCGCUACUUUAAGACGCUCUACUGCCAGGUGCAGAAGACGUCUGACCAGGCCACUGUCACGCACCUGGACAUCGUCACUGCCCAGGGCUUCAAGGCCAUCAUCGACUUCAUGUACUCCGCCCACCUGGCCCUCACCAGCAGGAACGUCAUCGAGGUGAUGUCGGCCGCCAGCUUCCUGCAGAUGACGGACAUCGUGCAGGCAUGCCAUGACUUCAUCAAGGCUGCGCUGGACAUCAGUAUCAAGUCGGACGCCUCAGAUGAGCUCACAGAGUUCGAGAUCGGUGCCCCGGCCGGCGGUAGCACAGAGGCACUGAUCUCUGCAGUGAUGGCUGGGAGGAGCAUCUCACCAUGGCUGGCCCGGCGCACCAGUCCUGCCAACUCCUCUGGGGACUCAGCCAUCGCCAGCUGUCAUGAGGGAGGCAGCAGCUAUGGGAAGGAGGACCAGGAGCCCAAGGCCGACGGCCCCGAUGACAUGUCUUCGCAAUCGCUGUGGCCCGGAGACGUGGGCUACGGGUCCCUGCGCAUCAAGGAGGAGCAGAUUUCGCCUUCUCAGUAUGGUGGGAGUGAGCUUCCCUCUUCCAAGGACGGUGCAAUCCAGAACUUCUCAGAUCCGGGCCCUGGGGAUGGCUGGCAGCCCACGGGCCGGAGGAAGAACCGGAAGAACAAGGAGACCGUGCGGCACAUCACACAGCAGGUGGAGGAUGACAGCCGGGCCAGCUCCCCGGUGCCAUCCUUCCUGCCCACGGCAGGCUGGCCAUUCAGCAGCCAAGACUCAAGUGCAGACCUGACUGUCACUGAAGCCAGCAGCUCCGACAGCCGAGGAGAGAGGGCUGAGCUCUACGCACACGUCGAGGAGGGGCUCCUGGGGGGAGAGGCCAGCUACCUGGGCCCACCCCUCACCCCGGAGAAGGAUGAUGCUCUGCACCAGGUGACCGCCGUGGCCAACCUGCGCGCAGCGCUCAUGAGUAAGAACAGCCUGCUGUCCCUCAAGGCCGACGUGCUGGGGGACGAUGGCCCCCUGCUGUUCGAGUACCUGCCCAAAGGUGCCCACUCACUGUCGCUGAACGAGUUCACGGUGAUCAGGAAGAAGUUCAAGUGCCCGUACUGCAGCUUUUCGGCCAUGCACCAGUGCAUCCUCAAGCGCCAUAUGCGCUCGCACACCGGGGAGCGGCCCUACCCCUGUGAGAUCUGCGGCAAGAAGUUCACACGGCGCGAGCACAUGAAACGGCACACGCUGGUGCACAGCAAGGACAAGAAGUACGUAUGCAAGGUGUGCAGCCGGGUGUUCAUGUCGGCCGCCAGCGUGGGCAUUCGCCACGGCUCCCGGCGCCAUGGCGUAUGCGCGGACUGCGCGGGCCGAGGCAUGGUGCUGUGCAUAGAAGACCGCAUGACCCUCUUACCUCUGGGCUUGGUGCUUCACACACCGCUGCAGGACCCGCUGCAGGCCAGGGCUCAGGUGCUAUCCCGCGGCCGCGGCCCUGGGGCGAGGCAGUUCCUUCCGGACUCCCGCCUGCGGCCCACCUCAGGCCCACCCCGGGCUCUCCCUGUGUGCACUUCCUUGGAGGGCCUGGCCGCCCGCCCUCCGCUGCCGCCCUGUUGUGCCCACGCCCGGCGCUCCUGUUGCCCCUUCUGGAUGGCCUGCCGGGUGUCUGCCUUUGCUGCUAACACUGGAGCUGGGAUGCAGGAGUGUGGAGCCAGGGCAGGCUCAGCGCUGCCCACUGGUACUCUGCUUCGUGAGCGGCUUCAGGACAAGCCUCCUGGUAGGCAGUACCACUGA